UUUUAGAGAGCGGGGAGUAUUUUAGUAAGAGAGAAGUAUUUUAGAGAGAGAGAGAUAGAGAGAGCGUGUAGAGGGACGAUUCUCUGCACCUAUUCUUAGGACAGCAUAGUAGAGAGAGAGAAGCACGCAGAGGGGAUUUUUUCUAUUCUGAGUAAUCUCUCUACACAGAGAAGAUAUAGAGAGAGAUUGCAAAUGGGUUCUGCAGCUCUCGUGGACAUGGGUGAAAAAAUUGGCCUUGCAGAUCGAAUCAAGAGAACACGCAGUUCUUCUUCGACCCCGGUUCCAGCAGGCGCCAAAACCAAGUCCGCAAUGGAUACCGCUGUCAAGAGGCAAAAACCCACCAAAGCCACCACCACCACCAACAACUACAACAAGAAGCGAACUGCAGAUGCACCCCCCGAAAGAAACAGCACUUCUGAUAUAGAGAACCCCUCAAGGAGGAGGCUCCCAAAGCGUGCUGCCUCUUGCUCCAACUUCAAGGAGAGAGAGAAACCUCUCCGCCUCAAUCAAGAUGACUACAUCCUCCCCAAGGUGCAGCAGACCAUCGCUGAUGACGAGCAGACCGCCAUCCAGUUAACCAGAAAAGGGGAUGAAGAAGAAGAGCAAACCCCUCAAAGGAGGCUCAUGGAUUUCAUAAUCCAUGAUAGCGAUGGCACCCCUCAGCCUUUUGAGAUGUCCGAAGUCCAAGACCUCUACAUCUCUGCCCUAAUUCUCCCGGCAGGCCCCACUUCUUCCACCGAUAAGAACUGUGGGGCCUGCUGUGAGGGGUUUGGUAGGAUCGAGUCAUGGUCGAUCUCGGGCUAUGACGAGGGUAAACCUCUUAUUUGGGUUUCCACUGAUCUCGCUGAAUACUCUCUUCUCAAACCCUCUUCUCAAUACAAGAAGCAUUUUGACAUUUUCUCUGAUAAGGCCCUGCUUUCUGUUGAGGUAUUCAAGAAGCUCUCAAAGUUUCAUGGCGGCUACCCACUUAUUGGUCUUGAUGAGCUUCUUGCUAGUUUGGCUCGAGCACUUGGUUCGCGGAAGGGAGGCUUGACAAGAGAUUUCAUUAUAUCUCAAGGGGAGUUUGUUGCCAAUCAAUUGUAUGGUCUCGACAGUACCUCUUCAAACAAUGAUCAGGUAUUUGCUGGGCUGCCUGUCCUAACUUCUUGGAGAAAUGAGUGUCAAAUGCGCGAGCCAAGCUGUAGGCUGACCAAGGUUAAGGAUGGGAGCCUGAAAAUUGGCAAUGGCUUGGCUUCCUCUGCCUCUUCGUCCCCUGAUGUGAUGGAAGAUGAGAGUGAGAAGAUGGCUCGACUCUUGCAAGAAGAGGAAGUGUGGAGAGAGAUGAAACAGAAGAAGGGCCAUGUAUUCACUUCAUCAAAAUCAAAGAAAUAUUAUGUGAAGAUCAAUGAGGAUGAGAUUGUCAAUGACUACCCAUUACCGGCCUUUUACAAGGCUUCUGAGGAGGAGAUGGAUGAGUAUGUGUUUUUCGAUGAAGAUCUUCAUACAUUGGCCCCAGAUGAUCUCCCUCGACGAAUGCUCCACAAUUGGGCCCUCUACAACUCUGACUCGAGGCUCGUUUCAUUAGAGCUGCUACCCAUGCUUCCAGGAACUGAAACCGAUGUCACGAUUUUUGGGUCUGGAUCGAUGACUGAAGAUGAUGGCAGUGGGUUUUGCAUUGAUGUAAAGGGACCCAGUGGCUCAUCCUCAAAUGGGGCUUUGGAUGAAGUUUCAAACAAAGGAAUACCUGUGUAUUUGAGUGCUGUAAAGGAGUGGAUGAUUGAAUUUGGAGCAUCAAUGCUCUUCAUAUCAAUUCGAACUGAUGGUGCUUGGUAUAGGCUUGGGAAGCCCUCAAAGCAAUAUGCUCCUUGGUAUGAACCGGUGCUCAGGACUGCAACGCUAGCCAUAGGCAUCAUAACCAUGUUAAAGGAGCAGAGCAGAGUGUCAAGGCUUUCAUUCAAUGAUGUCAUCAGGAAGCUCUCUGAGCUGCCUAAAGGGGACCCUAUAUGUAUCUCAUCAAAUCAGGCAGCAGUUGAGAGAUAUGUCGUGGUCCAUGGUCAGAUUAUACUCCAGCAAUUUGCGGAGUUCCCUGAUGAGAACAUUCGCAAGAGUGCCUUUGUCUCAGGCCUCUCCAUGAAGAUGGAGCAGAGGCACCACACUAAGCUGGCAAUGAAAAAGAAGCUUAUGUUGGUGAGGAAGGAAGCCAACAUGAAUCCAAGGGCAGCCAUGAGGCCUGAAAUCACAAAGAAAAAGCAAAUGAGGGCCACAACCACCAAACUGAUUAACCGAAUAUGGAGUGACUACUACUCUAAUUUUGAGGUUGAGAAUGGUGUUGAGCCAACAAAAGGUGGGAAAGAGGAAGAAGACGAGGAGGUGGAGAAUGAAGAGAAUGAAGAUGAAGAAGAAGAGGAGGAGGAAGAGGGAGAGGCUCUUGCUUCUAGACCUAUCUCUAACGGUGGUGAGUCUGCUUUUGUUAAAACCAACUCUAGCAAUGGUAUGUCAAAGCCAUCUACUACAUCGAAUUCUCAAAAAUCAAAUGGGGAAAUUACUAGAUGGGUUGGGGAUUGUGUGGGCAAAGUGGCUUCUUCUGGGAAUGUUCUUUACAAGAGUGCUUCUAUUCUUGGAGAUAUGGUUUUGGUGGGUGGGUUUGUAAUAGUUGAGCCCGAUUCAUAUGAUGAACUGCCUGCGAUUCUCUUUGUAGAGUACAUGUUUGAGAAUUCAGAUGGGGUGAAGAUGAUUCAUGGCAGGUUAAUGCAGAGAGGAUCUCAGACUGUAUUGGGAAAUGCUGCAAAUGCUAGAGAGGUCUUUUUGACUGAUGAAUGUAUGGAUGUCGAGUUGAGUGAGGUGAAACAGAGUGUAGUUGUGGAUGUAAGACAGAGGCCAUGGGGCCAAAAGUACAGGAAGGAGAAUGAAGCUUCCGAUAAGGUUGAUAAGGCAAGGGCUGAGGAGAUGGAGAAGAAAGGAUUGCCUAUUGAAUACUACUGCAAGAGCUUGUAUCUGCCAGAUAGAGGUGGCUUUUUUAAGCUUCCUUGUGAAACCAUGGGUCUUGGAACUGGGGUUUGUGUCUCGUGCAGUUGUAAAGAAGGUGUAAACAAGGAGUUCAGGAUGCUCUCUGAUAAGUCUGGCUUUGUGUGCAAGGGCGUCCAGUACACUCUGCUUGAUUUUGUGUAUGUGAACCCCCAAGUAUUUGCUGUGAGUGUGGAGCAGGAGAAAUUUAAAGCUGGCAGGAAUGUGGGUCUCAGAGCAUAUGUUGUUUGCCAGCUUCUAGAGAUCGAGGUGAGUGGUGGGUCUAAAAAGGUGGACUCAAUAAAGACAACAAAACUCAAGGUCAGAAGAUUUUACAGGCCCGAGGAUAUUGGAACUGAGAAGGCGUAUACUGCUGAUAUUCGAGAAGUCUACUACAGCGAAGAAAUAUGUACAGUUCCUCUUGACAUGCUGGAAGGGAAGUGUGAAGUUAGAAAGCAGCAUGACCUUCCAUCUUUGCAUGGUCCAGUUACUUUUGACCAUAUCUUCUUCUGUUUGUGUGUAUAUGAUCCUGUGAAUGGCAGUGUCAAGCAGUUACCUUCUGGCACGAAGCUGCGGUAUUCAAAAGGAACAUUGAGUGGGAAUGGAAAGAACAAGGGAAAGGCUGUUGAAGGAGAGUCCCCCUCCCAAAAGAAGAGCCAUUCUCCGAAUAACUGCUUGGCCACUCUUGACAUUUUUGCUGGUUGUGGUGGCUUGUCGGAGGGUUUGCAGAAAUCAGGGGUUGGUUUCACCAAGUGGGCAAUUGAGUAUGAGGAACCUGCUGCUGAAGCAUUCAAGCUCAAUCAUCCAGAGGCCCAUGUGUUCUGUGACAAUUGCAAUGUGAUUCUCAGAGCAAUAAUGGAAAAAUGUGGCGAUAUAGAUGACUGCAUCUGUACUCCUGAGGCUGCUGACCAUGCUUUGAAGCUAAGUGAGGAUAAAAAGAACAAUCUACCAUUACCAGGACAAGUAGAUUUCAUCAAUGGGGGACCCCCUUGUCAGGGAUUCUCUGGUAUGAACCGAUUUAAUCAGAGCACUUGGAGUAAGGUCCAAUGUGAGAUGAUAUUGAGCUUUUUGUCAUAUGCUGAUUACUUCCGGCCAAGAUUUUUCUUAUUGGAGAAUGUGCGCAACUUUGUAGCCUUCAACAAGGGUCAAACCUUUCGUUUAACACUUGCAUCACUCCUUGAAAUGGGUUAUCAGGUAAGAUUUGGCGUGCUAGAAGCUGGAAACUAUGGUGUUGCCCAGUCGAGGAAGAGGGCAUUCAUUUGGGCUGCUUCUCCAAAUGAGACUCUCCCAGAGUGGCCAGAGCCAAUGCAUGUCUUUGCAAGCCCACAAUUGAAAAUCACAUUGUCUGAUGAUUCACAAUUUUCUGCUGUAAGAAGUACAUCAGAAGGUGCACCCUUUCGCUCCAUGACUGUGCGGGAUACUAUUGGUGAUCUGCCUCCUGUCGGGAAUGGUGCAGAUAAGGUUGAGAUUAAGUAUGGCAGCGAUCCUGCUUCUUGGUUCCAAAAACAAAUCCGCCUGAAUGAGGAGGUUCUCAUUGAUCACGUAACAAAAGAAAUGAAUGGGUUGAAUUUUAUCAGAUGCCAAAAGAUUCCCAAGCGACCGGGGGCUGAUUGGCGUGAUCUUCCUGAUGAGAAGGUGAAGCUGUCCAAUGGGCAAUUGGUGGAUCUGAUACCUUGGUGUCUACCCAACACUUCAGAGAGACAUAACCAGUGGAAGGGGCUGUUUGGGAGGCUGGACUGGCAGGGCAACUUCCCGACUUCCAUUACUGAUCCACAGCCCAUGGGCAAGGUUGGGAUGUGCUUCCAUCCUGACCAGGACAGAAUACUUACAGUUCGUGAGUGCGCUCGCUCUCAGGGCUUCCCGGACAGCUACAGAUUCUGUGGGAACAUUCAUAACAAGUAUCGACAAAUAGGGAAUGCAGUGCCGCCACCUCUAGCAAUGGUGCUUGGGAGGAAACUCAAAGAAGCACUGGAUGCCAAAGCACGGACCUUCGAUGAACCAAGAAACCUGAACAUGUCUACCAUUUGAGAGCAAGAUUAUAUGUUAGCAUUAAAUUAUUGGAGAAAAGAAAUCCAUUAAUAUUUUAUAUACUUGUCUUUUUUCUCUUGCCAUGAAAUGGCAAAAGUGGAGUUGUAUUUGGGAUGCAGAACCCUUAUGUUUUAUAUGGAAAAGGAUGUGUGUAAUCAGUGGCAUUCUAAGUAAAUAUCGUGGAGGGUGCAUCUUGA